AUGGAGGGGCUGUUCGCGCUGGAGCUGCUGGUGGAGGCGGUGCGGGUGGCGGGGCCGGGACCCGCGGAGCACCCAGCCCCCGCGGAGCACCCAGCCCCCGCGGAGCACCCAGCCCCCGCGGAGCACCCGGCCGUGGCGCUGCGCCUCUUGGAAUUCCCUACCCUGGUGCUGCGCCCCGCCGCCACCGCGCCGCCCCUGCGGCCGGGGCAGCCCUUCCCCUUCGGCCGCGGCAAGCGCUGCCUGUUCCGCUGGCGCCGGGGCUCGCUCAGCGCCGCGCUUCGCCGCCGCCCGCUCCGCGCCCUGCUUCUGGCGCUGCCCGCCGGGCUCGCCCCUGGGCCCCCCCGGCUCCUCGGCAGCUGCGCCGUCCCCCUGGCCCCUGCCGCCGCCGAGCUGCUGCACCGGCCCGGAGCGCCCGUUUCGUGCGGCCGCCGCGGCCGCUUCGCGCUGCGAGACACCGCGGGCCGCCCCGUCGGGGAGCUGGUCCUGGGCUACCGCCUCACCUGCCUGGAGGCCGGCAAGGAGCCGCCCCCGGCGAGCCCCGCAAGCCCCCGCGCUGCCACGCCGCCGUCUGCCACCUCCCCUGAGCCGGGGGACGAGGAAGAGGAGAAGGAGAAGGCGAAUGAGGAGGAGGAGGAGAGUGAGGAGCUGGAAGGCAACGUCUUUUGCCCUCCGCUGCUUUAUUACAGCCGUGAGCCGGCUGAGCCUCAGCGGCCCCCAGCAGCGGCGGCCGCGGCGCAAUGGGAGCGCGUCGAGGUCAGGAGAUCGCAGGAGAAAGACAAAGGCCAGAGUCCCCCGCGUCCCAGUGCCGGGCCCUCGUUGCUGCACCCCGCCAGCUCUCGACAGCUCCCCAACACCCUGGGGCAGCUGCCGCUACUCAGGGCCUUGCUGGCGGAGCUGUCGGUGCUCACCCACAGCGCUGUGCCUGCUGCUGCUGUCCACCCACAUCUUGCCUGGUUUUACCAGGCCCCGGGGAAUGGUGAAAGGGCGUCCCGGCCUCCCAGCCCCUCUGCUGCCCUCAAGCCUGCAGAGGCACCUGUGGGGCCUGGUGGGAGCAGUGGAGCUGUGAGCCCCCGAUUCAAACCAGGCAGGCAAGAGGCCACCCCACCAGUAUCUUCUGGUGCUGGGAGAGGACCUAAGAAAGCUGUGCUCCAGGGACAGCCAGCUGCUGAAAGGAACUGCAAAGCCAAGGAGAACAGACCUCCCAGAAAGAAAUUAUUGUAUGGGCUGACAAAUACGUUGAGGCUACGGCUGCAGCAGACCAACCCCGAUAAGCUGAUAAUUCAUGAAAGGAGGGAGAAGUACAGAAAAAAGCAAAUGGAGAUGCUGAAGGAGAGAAGCCCCUUACUCAACAGAAAGCUGCUCAGAAAUGCCGGAGAACAGCAUGUGGUUUCUUGCAGGCACUGUAGCAAGAGAGACAGUUCAAAGCGGAAUAAUCAGUUGGAUAAAACUGUCCAGACUUCAUUAGAAAACAGUGUUCUCUCAGAGUCCAUUUCUGUGACAGUAGAUGUGUCCCCAGACCUGCAGGAACAGACUAUUGCAAAUUUACAGAGGAACGAUGCAAUUGCAAGCAAGGAGCAUCCAUACAAAGUAACUACAGCCUGCUUACCGGAGGAAACUGUGUUAAAAUCUGUUCAGGAGGAAAAGUAUGCAAAAGCUCAACUCCUAGCAGCGUUCCCAUCAGAUGCUAAUGCAAAGGGAAGUAACGAGGAAGCAAUACACUUAAUCCAUCAUGAAACUACAGAGCAUGAUGACACAUCUGUUAUAAGUGCUCAUAAACCCAGCCUCAGCAGGAGUGUUGAAAACAAUUCUGAAUUCAUAUACUCGGAUGACUUUGUUGCUAGUCCUGAAAACACAGUUUAUUCCGAAGAUUUCACCAGUGCUGAGUGUACAGACUCAGAAGCUCUUGACAGCAGUCCUGAACCUCUGUGUCUUGAAAGCCCAAUGCGAGGUAGGUCAGAUACAGAGCCAGAAUCCUGCAGGUCUAGAAUUUCAAAGACAAGUCAAAAAGCUGAAAGUACUUCAGAUCUCGUGCCAGUUGCUUCAGCUUCAUCUCCAGUCCAGUCUUCGAGGACAAACCGUGACUUUAAAACCAGCAAAAGAACUAGUGCUGAAUCCUCUGACUCACUUAACCUUGCUCAGAUGGAGGCAUCAUUAUUAGAUGAAGAGGAGAAAGCCCAACAGAUCAGUAAGGAAGAGAGUAGGGGUGAUCAGCAUAUUAAACAAAUAUCGACAAGCAAACAAGUUAAAUCUGCUACUGAUCUGAUCAUAGGAAAGGGGCAGACCUCUGCAGAAGAAAAGUCAGUAACUAAAGUUAGCUCUUACUUGCCAUCUAACGUGUCUGAUCUUGAACUUAGUGUCCUGGAAAACAGUAUGUCAGACAAAAAGGAGGAUUUUCUGGAAAAACUACUUGCUCCUAAUCAGUACAAAGACAUUAGUGAACUUGUAAUAAACAAGCUCCCAGGAUACACAAUGUAAUUACAAGUUUUCACUGUCUGGAUUAAGAUAUGAUAUUUAAACUUUAUGAGGCCUGUUACAUUUAGCUGCAAUAUAUACAAGAUAAUUUAAGACUUUAUCAUGCACAUUUAACACGUCAGUGAAUUUAGUUAAGAGGUUUCUAAAAUAAACUACUAUUUGAAUCUCUAACAAAUGGCUCAAGUGGUACCUACAGCCUGAUUUAAGUGUCUUAACACAAAAGUAAUCCAAACAGCACAGGAAACAUAACUUAUUGUCAAAGCAGAGAUGAAGACAGAAGCAGCAAAAGCAGUCAGUACCCACAAAACUUGGCCAUGGUAGAAGUUAUACAUUGCUACAGAAACAGCCAAGUACAAAAUUCCUUCCUAACCAAAUAAAUGACAGUACCUCUCCUAUUUAAAGUAUGAACAUCUGUGAGGAUUAUUCAAGUAUCUAGUGUUGACUUCUGAGAACACCACUACUAAAAUUUUUAAUCUAAAGGUAAGCAGCUAAAAUUACUCAUAUAUCAAAGGAAUCUCUGGCCAGAGCAAUUCUUUUAUGUUAUUUAGGGUGUCUCUUUCAUCAGUUACAAUUCUAGACCAAAAUAUUAUUUUUCCUUUUUCUUCCAAUGCCAUGGACUUCUUUGAUACACAUGAAUUCAGCCUGUCAUUUGCAGAUGGCAGUAACUCUGAUUUUUUUGAUGGAAUAAUGUCUUGCACUUCUUAUGGGCAAAACUGUCAUUAAAAUACAAUGCUGACCAACCAUUUUUAUAGUGUGGCUAUUUAAAUGAGUUGCUAACUCUACAAGUCCAUGAUUUGAACAUUAUUUAAGAAAAGUUUGUUUUAAAAAUAAAAGUUUAUUUUCAACCCCAAAUGGGUUGAAACUGAAGGGUAAGUUUCCUGUCCUUUUUCUAUCCCCUAUCCCAUCUUCACUUUUCAAUUUCCUGAAGCAAAUAUGGUAGGAACAAUAUUUCUUUUGUUUAAAUAAUGAAACUAUUCUCUUUUCAGCUUAUUUUAUUUGGGAUAACAUUUCUAAUGUUUACUGUGUAAUAGCAUUUUUAAUUUUAUUGAGAGAAUGAUGAAAAUGCAUACUAGGAAGACAAUAGGAGACAUUACACAAGAAUAGAACUGCAGCAUCGUGCUGACAUGUUUUAGUUUGUUUUUUUGUUUUCAGAUAUAGACUCCAGGUAGUUAGUAUUGCAUGGAGAGGUUAGCAGAUAGUCUCCACCAUCAGAGAUAAUAAUCUUUUCAGAUAUUAUCUAUGUUGUUGUGAGAGUAAAUUAAUUUUUACUCAACAUUCAAACAGCAACUCUCAGUCAACAAAAGUGGGAAAGAACUUUUCAUCACUGAUUUAUUAUUGAAAACUCAUAAACCAGUAUAUUGGCAAGACGUAUCUGCUAAAGACAAGAGGUUUCUGUAUGUCAGCCCAACAUAACAAAACAGAUAUGUUUGCUAUCAGUACAAAAUAAGAAAAAAAUUGGCAGCAACAAAUUCCAUUUUGUACAAAUCCUGUAGUAAUCUGCACUCAGCAACAUUAUACUAGCUAGCGAAUUUUAUCAUUAUAACUUGCAUCCUGUACCCCCAUUAUCAGGUUGUUAACAUCAGAGGCUUAAUAAGAGGUUUGUCUAAUGGAAGUAUUGUAUCAUUCUUUCAUAAAGACAUAAUUUCUAAACUGUAAGGGCUCAAUUUCUUGGAUCAUGUUUGUGCAGGGGACAUGGCAAUAUGCUGGGAGAAGCAAAUAAUAGUAGCAUAUACUCCACAGUUCUUGCACAACCAUCCCAGAAGUAGCAUAAAUAUUUAAGAAUACGUGGUCUCAUUGACUCAUUACCUCUAAAAAUUUCCUUGCUCCACACCAUUAAACAGUAAACUAUGAUUACUUCAAGUUUUAUAUUGUUGUAAACUUUAAAACUUUAAACUUUACUAUAGUGAAAUUAAAAUGUGAGAAGUAAUUACUUAAUAUAGAUCCUCACUAAGCAAAGCCAUCUGACUUCUUACUUUAGACUUGUUACUUUAGCAACAUUGCUCUAAAUCUGUACAAUAUUCUAGAAAUAAGGUAGAUGAGUGGUCAAAACCAUAACUUUGUUGCUUAUGUUAAGGGUUGUUAAAUCAUAUAAAACUGAACUUCAUGUUUUACAGCAAGACCCAAAAUGAGAAAUAAACUCAUGGAUAUACAUAUUAAUUCAGAAUUUAUGACCCUAAAGCAAGUUUUCUGUGACUGUUUUUUAAACAGUUAUUUCAGCAUCCUAUUUAUUAAAAUGAAUUUAGGUAGGCAGUACUAUAUAACUGAUGGUGCAAUGAGAAGAGCAGGAUACCAAACACUGAUGGUUUCUGCCACUUUACCCCUUCUAUUGUAACCUUCCUCCUGCUGCCAAGUACUUAUUCUCAGUCUUAAUACUUGGUGACUAAGAACAGUGUUCAGAAGUCCCAGCUAGGCAUGUUUCCUCCAUUUCUUUAUUCCUCAGCUCUCAGUACUCUGAUUAGAGGACACAAUUUCUUUUCUGUUUGUGAUUUCUCUGAUGAUAGUUCCUACUGCCUAUUUUACUAUUUGUAAUCCCUUCACCAUUUUGAAAGUCCUUUUCCUCGGUUUCCUGAAGUUACAUCCAGGCUUGGUAACUGUGCGACUGAACUUUUGACUCAUUCUUACUGCUUUCAUUUUUCUAGGUUCCAGUAUUUUAUGAUGCCUGGUAUUGUAAUAAUUUUGUUUCUCUUUGUAUAAGUGCUGCUCAGAGUUAGAUGCUGAUUGUUAUUUAGAAAUCUUUGGGACUUUGCUUUCCUUGUCUCAGCAUUUGUCACCAUUUUAAUACUUGCUUAGCUUUGAUUGUCUAGAAAGAAGUCAAAUCAUUGAGUCUCAUAUUCACAUCCUUAAAAGGUUUACUUGACUUCUAGGUGCAGGACCUUCACCAGCUCCUGUGUAACACCACUCACUCGGAGCUGCAGAAAAAACAGGACUGUGAACAUUUGCCCAUGGUUAUCAGACAUCAGGUUUCUCUAGCUCUACCAAACCUUGCCAUUAAUCUUUUUCUAAAGUUUUGAUUUCCAAAUUAAUCUUUCUUUUAAGAUGACUGAGGCCAUAUCUGCAAGAACAGAUGCUGGCUUUAAUUUAACAUGCAUUUAGAGCUAAUGGCACUCACAUCUGCUAUAGCUAAGGUUUGCUACCAGCUAGCUACUUGCAUUUUCUAUCCUCGCUUUCAGUCAGUAUACUGCUCGAUUUUAAUUUCAGUUUUGUUCACAUUCAGGUUCUUCCCUCAUUUUAAAUUCCUUGUAUGCAUGCAGUUCUGUUGUGUUGAAGUCACCCAGACAAGCUGCAGCUUCACUGCCUUUUUCUUGUUUGGCAUUGACAUUCACCUGUAUUAAACUGUUUUUUGUUUUGGCUUGGCUUUUAUGGUUUCACUUGCCUGAAUUUUAUAUGACAACUGUAAUGUAAACCUCCCCUGACGGAAUUGU